GAAGUCUUCUCUGCGCAGUUGUGUGAGAAGCUACCGUCCUUUUCCUUAGGUUGCUGUGCGUUACGGUGGGCUGCACACAACGCGUGUUUACUUUCUCUCUGCUCUCGCCCGAACAAUUCCGUCGAUUCGCGCUGACAUCAUUGAUUAUUAUAACUAUUUAUUCACCACGUCAUCUUCCGCUGACACCUGCUGUGCUGCAGCCCCCUCCACGUUGUAGACUUGCUGGAAUGGUAUCUUGAUCCAUAUCUAUAGGGUCAACAGCCAUCCGCACUUGUCUUGUUUCUUUUUCUUUCUUUUUUUCGAACCACACCUCAUCAUCAAUAAUAGUAAUUAUUGCAAAAAAACAAAUGCACAGAAGCUCGCAGAGCAUGGCGGACAGCAUCAUUGUACGUCUCUCACUAGCGCUCCUGUGCGUGGUCGGUUUGUGCGGCGGCCCUCUUCACUUGACUUUCGCCGCCGCCAAUGCUGCUUCUCAGGAGGAUAGCAUACCAGAGAUUUGGUACGUACGCGGGUGCCGCGAAGCCGAAUCGGUCGAUGCGCGGGAGACGACGGGCUGCUUUGCCGUGACCGCUGGCAAAGGUCAGGCCUCACUGCCAAAGAGCGUCCUGCUUUCUUUACAGGGGAUCCACCUUCCUACCGACCUGCGCAACUACCGCGUGCUGCUGCAGGAGUACCGCCGGCCCUCGCUGCUCGGCGAAGUGCCCGCCACGGCGGAGGCACACGACCCGGCGCCGGUGCUGCUGCUGUGCGAGCGCCCAACCCCCUCGGAGCUCUUCCCCACGCAGCUCCUCACGUGCGAGCUGGUCAACCCCUUCCUCACGAUGAACAGCAGCGACGUGUGGCGUCCCCAGCUAAAGCGGUUGGCGGACAAACCGAUGUGGUUCGACGUCCGGCUUCAGGUGAAGCAGAAUGACGUGGAUGCUUACCGCUCCGUCAGCGUACUGCGACGCGCCGUGCUGCUGCAGGUGACAAACGUCUCGCACGCGGGCAACGAAUCGGGUCAGGAGAUGCUGCAGCGGCAGCGGCGGGCGGUUUCGUGGGAGGAGGUGCGGCAACACCCACUGGAGCGGCUUUACACCCCCAAAGCCGUCUCCGCAGCCAACACCUCCAAAGCCCCAAAGACAUCCACUUCGCAGAACGACGGUGAUGGUGAUGAUGACGUAUUCGAGGACUCCGACAAGAUGCAGAAGGGAGAGGAGGUGUGGGUGGAGCUCGGUAUUGGCGGUCUCAAGCGCGAGCUGCGCUCCCUGUUCCGUCGCGUCUUUCUUUCCCGGCUGCCGUCGCUAGCUCCGCUGGCAGACGCCUUGCAGCUGCAGCACGUCCGCGGUGUUAUCCUUUACGGCCCACCAGGCAACGGCAAGACUCUCAUCGCACGCAAUCUCUUUCGACUAUUGGGCCCCAAUACCCGCCUCUCCGUUGUGAACGCGGCCGACAUCCUUUCCAAGUUUGUCGGCGAGUCGGAGAAGAACCUGCGAGACGUGUUUGAGGGCUACGACAUCGGCACCAGCUCCAAGGCCGAGGACGUCGGGAGGGAUGACGAGACAGUUGGCCACUCUGCCCACGAAGACAAAGACAAGGACGUGGCGCCGGGGUCACUGCAGGUGCUCGUCAUUGACGAGUUCGAAGCGCUCUUCCGCCGCCGCGGGCACUCGGGCGACGAGAGCUCGGCGAAGGCGGUAUACGACGGCGUCACGACGACGCUGCUCUCGCUGAUGGACGGCGUGAAGAGCCGCAACGACUUGCUCGUGGUGGGCCUCACGAACCGACUGCAGGCGAUCGAUCAGGCCCUUCUGCGACCCGGCCGCUUCGAGGUGCUGAUUGAGAUUCCCGCCCCUGAUGUGCCGGGGCGGGAGGACAUCUUUUUUAUCCACACAGAUCGCCUCCGCGAGCACAACUUUCUCGCCGCGGAUGUGGAGCUGCGCACCUUGGCGCUGGAGUCGGGUGGCUUUUCGGGGUCCGACAUUGCGGGCACGGUGCGCUCCGCCGUGAGCUACGCCCUGCUGCGCUACCGCUCGGAGGGGCUGUUUGCGCAGGAGGGUACGCUGCACGCAGGCAACGACACAUCGGCACAGACAACGGCAACAGCCGCGGCCGCACAGGAAGCGACGGCUGCCCACGUAGAGGAGUACGGUCAUCGCCCUGGCGAUAUUGGUGGGAUCGGCGGCGGGUUUCGUCCGUUAGAGAGGGAAGAUGGCGAAGGCGGUGACCCGGACAGAUCCUCCUCCUCGGGCUCAGCUCCCCCGUUAUUCCAAGUCACCCGCGCUGAUUUCGACAAGGCCAUGAAGGACAUCCGCAGCGCCAAGGACGAAGCCUCUGCGCUCUCUCAGCUUUCCACCGACGGCGACGGCGCCGGGACGGAUGUGAUCGACUACGACGGCACCGUCAGCCGCAACGUCGAGCGCGCGCGUGCCGCCAUAACACGCGUCAUGCAGAGCGGCCGCACCAUGACAGCGAUGGUCGCCGUUACGGGGGCGUCCGGCACGGGUAAGUCCACCAUGGCACACUCCCUGACCCGCGUGCAUGACUUCACGACGGUGCGCUACUUCUCCUGUCGACGGCUGGCGGAGUUGCGUGACCCGUCGGAGCAGCUGGCGAAGCUACGGGACGCGUUGGGCGAGGCGUCGCACACGGAGCGCGGCCUGGUCGUGCUGGACGACUACGACGUGCUUGUGGACUCCAUGGGCAGCAGCAGCGGCUACGCGGCCAUGACGCUGCGUGGUCUGCUGUACGAGUAUAUGCACCGCCCGGGAGGGGUGAGCCGCGCCCUCAUCGCAGACUCGCCGCUGGCCGCCGCCGAGGAGGCUGGUGGGGAGACGGAAGGGGGCAGUGUGGUGGUGAACGCCGGCAGCCGCGUCGCCGCGGAGCGCAACCGACGCGUGUUGGUUCUCACGUCCUCCCUACCCUCCGUGCUGCAGCAGCUCUCCUUCGACGUGCACCUUCGUGCCCAUUCGGUCCUGCGUCGUGGGGCCGCCACCUUAUUAGAGCAGUACCGCGUAGUCGACGCAGCCCACGCGUCCGCCGCGGCGUCGGCCUACCCGGUGUCGAUGAGCUACCGCACCUUUUUACGCGUGACGGACAUGGCGCUGCGGCUGUGGAUGACGCAGCAGGAGGUUGCCAACGCAACCGGCGAAACGCAGAACGACGACGUCAGCGGCAAAGGGGCGGCGGCGACCGGCGCGGGGCUGGAGCUGCCGGCGUACUUUGCCACGUCCAAAUCGAUGCGCAGAACCUACAUAAAACUGCACGCGGUACAAAUGCUGUCGGACUUUUACACUGUCACGACGGACAAACAGAAUCACGACUUCGUCGCCGCCGUGCGGGCGACCGUGGCGAACAUGGGGUUGAUGGACCCGUAUGAGGGAUGGAAAGGAGAGGGCAGCGAGGAGGACGAGGAGGAAAGCGGUGAAGACGACGCGAUGGGUGACGCUGAGGAGUCGUUUGACAUUGAUGCUGUCGUAGGUGCCGCCGAUGAGGUACUUUGGUAA